AUGAGCAAAAGCGUGAAGAAAAUAACUCAAUUCAGUCGUCAAGCACACUGGCUGAGCGAGAGGCCCAAUCCUGAAUACUCUCGUGGGUUUCAAUGUCUGCUCCGUUGGGUUCCUGGAGUUCAGCGAGCAUAUCGAGCCUAUCUCUAUGCCCUGCAGGAGAAGGACUUUGCUGGGUUUGAUCUGGAAACUGGCGAGAAGUUGCGCACUGACUGGACUACUGUGACUGCGGGUUACAUUGCCCAGAAUGCACCUGAAAAAUAUCGAGACUUUUUGGUUCCCAAAACAGUCAUUGGAUGCAAGCGGAGGGUUAUGGAUACUGAUUACCUUGCCUGUCUGCAUCGUGACAAUGUUGAGCUCGUUUACGAGGAUCCGAUUGAACAUAUUACCGAGGACGGAGUGACAACCAAAUCUGGUCGAGCAGUGCAUGCAGAUGCCAUUGUACUUGCCAAUGGCUUCGAGACCCAGCUGCCUUUGUUUCCAAUGGAGAUCCGAGGACAAAACGGACAGGACAUUGCGAAUCAUUGGAUGGAAUUCGGGAAUGGCUCUCCAGAGGCCUAUUUUGGCACUUGUUUCUCUGGGUUCCCCAACUUCUUUGUCUUGAUGGGACCCAACACACUUUCUGGUCAUCUUUCCGUGAUGUACACCACUGAAUGCCAGAUUGGAUUCAUUCUGCGGAUCAUCCAACCCAUUCUGGAGGGAAUAAAUCGACCUCUGGGCUCCGAUUAUCCCGAAUCGGUGGCUGUUACUGCUCCUGCUGAGCGCAGAGAUGUCGAAAUGGUCGACCGAAAAGCGAAAAAGCUUGUCUGGGCCAGCGGCUGUACCUCUUGGUUUAUCGAUCCGAAGAGUGGCCGCAAUACCGUUAUGUGGCCCGACUGGCAAUUUAAAUUCUGGUUGCGCGCUAUUUUUGUGCCAUGGACAGACUUUGUGUACCGAACCGCUGGACAAAAGCAAUGGCGACGGCCGGGGUGGAUGGCUCAGGUUCUCAAGUCACGCACUACCAUGGUGUUAAUGGUGCUGGGAGGGUGUCUGGGGUGGCAGUAUUUGGGGAAAUCAGAUUUGCCCUCGAGGAUGAAGGAUGUAUGGAAAUUCCUCCGAGCUUGA